GUCAUGAUCAAACGUGAUAAGCACUUCACCCAAAUAAUAUUUUUAUGGCAUAGUGACCAUUCCUACAUUCGCACAUGGACUUCAAGAGAUGAUAAAACAGAAAUAACAUAGCAAAAAGAAAAAGGCCCUUCUCUUCGCAUCAUGAGAAACCGAAAGAGUAAAAUCCUGCCACGUUAUUAUGUUAUCUACUUAGUUUUGCUUGUUUUCCAAGUCACCGGCCAGCCGCAGCCUGGAGCCAUUGGUCCAUAUGGUCGCCAAUUAAGACCAAACCAAGUACCAGCGGUAAUCAUUGGGAUGCUUAUAUUUUCGCUCUUAUUCAGCAUGAUCGCUUGCUGCGUUUGCUAUAAAUACAGAAGCAUGUCUCCGCGUGGAACAAACUCUGAUACCGAUGAAGAAGGUCGUGGAGGAGUACCGUGGACAAGGAGGACAAGCCGUGGGGUUGAAAAGGAUGUCAUAAUGUCGUUCCCUUCCUUUCUUUACUCACAAGUUAAAGGGUUAAAGAUAGGCAAAGGUGGUGUGGAAUGUGCUAUCUGCCUUAACGAGUUUGAUGAUGGGGAAGAGCUGCGUUUGAUGCCUGGUUGCAGCCAUGCAUUUCAUGCUCCUUGCAUCGAUGUCUGGCUCUCUUCUCGCUCCACAUGUCCCGUCUGCCGCGACAAUCUCGCUCCCAAACCGGGCACUACUAUUUAUCCAUUUAUACGACCACGCACCAAUCAAGAUAUGGAUCUUGAAAUGGCAAACGCACGAAGAAGUGUAUUGGAAUCUCAAGAUGUACGUUUGUUAGAUGGAUUGACAAGGAGCAAUAACAACAGGGCAAACAGACUACCUCGACCGAGGUCUACAGGGUCAUCAAACUGGCAAAUAACUGAGAUAUUAGUCCCAAGAUCUCACUCGACGGGGCACUCUCUGAUUCCCUUACGAGAAAAUCUAGACAGAUUUACACUGCAGUUACCAGAAGAACUAAGGAGACAGUUGAGCCAGAGGACGUUACCACAAGCCAGGAGUUCAAGGCAAGGAUAUAGGAGUGGCAGCGUUGGGAGCAAGAGGAGGGGUAUUCCUCAUGGACGCGGAUAUAAUCAUCGCACCAUUUCUCUUUCUUUCUCUUUCUCGUUUCAGUCUGCCUCUCUCCAGUCAGAAAAAGGCAAGAACAAAGAGUUUGGAGAAGGGUCAUUUGAACGCCUUAGGCCAGAGAUGCCCCUAUCUUAAAUUGUUGACUAUUCAAAUUUUUAUACAGACAAGGUUGUGUUAUAGAUAAUUUGAUGUGUCGUAACUAUGAAGCAAUACAUGUAGGUCUAUGUACUGAUUAAGUCUGUGGCGAGAAACUUAGAACAGAAGAGUGCCUACUCGAUACCCUGAAUUUUACUGUGCAGUUUGUAUAUGGAUCCAGGUUCUAGUAUAAUUGUGAUUUGUGUACGAAAAAUGAUAAUCAAUCUCGACAAAUUAUGAACUAGACCUUUAUAGGCACUAUGCACAUAAUUUAUUGUUUUUAUAUAACUAAUUUAAAUUUAGACGAGAAAAUGUGUUUAAAUAACAUUUUUAGUUUUAUUAUUACAUAACUUUAGCUUUUAUAUUACAUUUAUGAAUAAAACCAAAAGAUUUAUUGUGUAUAUAAAAUAUAUUCGGCCUUUGGUUGUGUGAAGGUCUUAUGGCCUUCCGUGGUCAUGGAGAAAAUUGAGAAGGUUAUGUAUUCUUUGAAGUUAUUGGAAAGAUUCAAUACAACAUCAAGGGAAACUUGAGUUCUACGAGUUAUAUGAUAUAAGUGAUUCAGAGUAUUUGUCUAAACUAUCCUUAAUACAACAUCUCGAUAUUUACAUAUUUAGUCCAACAUCCCUCUUCGAGAUAGAGAAGAUUUCAAAUGCCCAUCUUGUACUUGAAACUUUCUAAUUCCACGCUUCCAAGUGUGCAAUGAUGUCAGCUAGUUGUGUGUGAGUCAGGACAUGACGAGUGGCUAUGAGACCGCUGAGAACCACAUCUCGUACAAAGUGACAAUUAUUUUCUAACAUGU